UUCUUCGUCCUUCGGCAUCUCGGAAUCAUUCCUCAGCAUCUCUUUCAUUUUCUUUCUCUCUUUCUCUCUCUCUCUCUCUCUCUCCCCCUUUAUCUCUCUUCAAUUUCUUUAUUCAGGUUUUGUGUUGUAUGGUUUUGCAUACAAACACACACCACUAGUUUCUUCUAUAAUCUUUAUUUUGGAUCUGUCACUAUGACUUCCUCACUCGUGAAGAACCAAGGCGAACAGGUACUCGGCGACGAUUUCCAGGACCUUUCCAUCAAAGAUCUGAGUGAGACAGGGAGUGAAGCUGAGAUUCAUGGGGUGGGAUUUGGAAGCCAUGGGGGAAUCUGUGCUAUUUGCUUGGAUAAGAUAGUGCUGCAGGAAACUGCUCUUGUAAAAGGUUGCGAGCAUGCUUACUGUGUAACAUGCAUCCUUCGAUGGGCUACAUACCGGGAGAAAGUUACCUGCCCUCAAUGUAAAUGUCCAUUUGAGUUCCUGAAUGUCCAUCGCACCCUAGAUGGCAGCAUUGAAGAUUACAUGUUUGAGGAAAGUGUUUGCCUACUACUUCGUGCCUCAUGGUUCAAACCUUUAACGGUUGAAGAGCAUGUGGAUCAUGAAGAUGCUUAUGAAGACAUUGAAGAUUACUACUAUCAGUAUGAUGAUGAGGAUGAUGAUAUGGAUGAAGCAUACUACGGGGGCUCGUCAAGUUUUCGCAUUGGCAACCGUAGAUGGGGAGACAAUGGUUAUGUCAGGGCUGGUCGUCAAGAAGCUCGACCAGUCCAGCGACCCAACUUCCAGGAUUCAGGAGCAAGUUCAUCCCGCGAGCCGGGGAAGAAAGAGGCUGGGAAAAUUACUACAGGCAGAAGGGCGAAGAGGGCACUGAAAAGGGAAGCUGCUGAUAAGGCAGCUGAAGCAAAGCAUCAGCAACAUUUGCUGAGGUUGGGUAGGAAGUGAUUGUAUUUUAAGGUCAAGCCAAGGCCUUGAAUUUCCUUCCCAAAAGUUACAUAUUUUUCUUUUUCUUCCUUUGCAUAUUUUUUUCCUUGUACAGUGUUAAUGUGAUCUUUACUCUAAAGCAUGUAAUACAAUAUGGGGAAGGUGUCUUAGAAUAAUGGCUUGGUGGGUUGUUGGAUUAUGGAAAUUCCUAACUCACUGUAGCAUUGAACAAUUUAGGUUUCAAUUAGUUGUUACAAUGCAUCUCUAAAUUGUACAUACUUUCUAUGUGAUGAAAUUGACGACACCUUAAUGAUGUUGAUAUGAGUUUCUUUUU